AUGGUGGAUAUUAUUUUCAGCUCUUCUUUCUUGGGUGAUAUGGGGGAUCAUUCCAAAAAGAAGCCAGGAUUCGCCAUGUGUGUGGGAUGCGGAAGCCAGAUCCAUGACCAGUACAUACUGAGAGUCUCCCCGGACUUGGAGUGGCACGCAGCCUGCCUCAAGUGUGCAGAGUGCAGUCAAUACCUAGACGAGAGCUGCACUUGCUUCGUGCGGGACGGCAAAACCUACUGCAAAAGAGACUAUGUCAGGCUCUUCGGUAUUAAAUGCGCAAAGUGCAAUUUGGGCUUCAGCAGCAGCGACUUGGUGAUGAGGGCCCGGGAAAACGUUUACCACAUCGAGUGCUUCCGCUGCUCGGUGUGCAGCCGGCAGCUGCUACCCGGCGACGAGUUCUCUCUGCGGGAAGACGAGCUUCUAUGCCGGGCCGAUCACAGCCUGCUGCUGGACAGAGGUUCCGCCGGAAGUCCCGUCAGCCCCGGACACAACAUACACUCCAACAGAGCCAUGCACCUGGCAGAGCCGGUAACUGUGCGGCAGGCCCCGCAUCGCAACCACGUGCACAAGCAGUCGGAGAAGACGACGCGGGUGCGCACGGUGCUGAACGAGAAGCAGCUGCACACGCUGCGGACGUGCUACAACGCCAACCCGCGGCCCGACGCACUCAUGAAGGAGCAGCUGGUGGAGAUGACCGGCCUGAGCCCCAGAGUCAUCCGCGUGUGGUUCCAGAACAAGCGGUGCAAGGACAAGAAGAAGUCAUUGCUCAUCAAGCAGCUCCAACAACAGCAGCACAGUGAUAAGACUAACCUGCAGGGCCUAACGGGAACACCUCUGGUGGCCGGGAGUCCCAUUCGGCAUGAGAGCACAGUUCAGGGCAACCCGGUGGAGGUGCAGACCUAUCAGCCGCCAUGGAAAGCGCUUAGUGAGUUUGCUCUGCAGAGUGACCUGGACCAACCCGCCUUUCAACAACUGGUGUCUUUCUCAGAGUCAGGCUCUCUGGGUAACUCAUCAGGAAGUGACGUCACAUCAUUAUCAUCUCAGUUACCGGACACCCCCAACAGUAUGGUACCUAGCCCGGUGGAGACGUGA